AUGGAGAUGGAAACCCUGGCACUGGCAGUGGUGAUGAACAUGGCUAUGGCAUCACACACGCCACCAGAAGUGUUGUUAGAAGGCGUACAGCAAUGCAAGGAAGUGGCACUAGUGGUCACGAUGGAGGCUGUCUUGCAAGAAGUGAUGGCAACCCUGGCACAAGCGGUGAUGAUGGAGGCAGCCUUGCAAGAAGUGAUGGCAACCCUGGCACAAGCGGUGAUGAUGGAGGCAGCCUUGCAAGAAGUGAUGGCAACCCUGGCACAAGCGGUGAUGAUGGAGGCAGCCUUGCAAGAAGUGAUGGCAACCCUGGCACAAGUGGUGAAGAUGGUGACUACUCUUCAUAUUUGAGACUUAUGGCUGCUCUUCCUGAUGACUCUUCAGAUGAUGAGGAGUUCAACCAGGCUAUAAUUGCCAGUAUGGAGAGUCAAAUUGUAGAAAAGGUCCCGGUUCAAGAGAUACUGCUGGAACUCUCAAGCAAAAUCAACACAAAGCAACAGUGCAAAUUUAAUAUAAAUCGCUCUGCUGUCUGGGAGGGAGCCGUGCGAGGAUUUCAAAGGGUGUCCUAUAACCCCAACUUGAUGAUCUGCGUGAAAUUCUCAGAUGACAUGGGGAGAAAUGAGGAAGGGAUUGAUUUAGGAGGGCCAAGGAGGGAAUUCUUGAGGCUGCUGAUGGAGACCAUGGCCAGGUCACCCAUGUUUGAGGGGAAAGAAAACAGCAAGAACUUGGCUCUUGACAGUGCUGCUCUAAGAGAGGACCGGUACUACACAGCUGGCAGAGCCAUUGCUGUAAGCUUGGUACAUGGUGGUCCGCCACCAAACUUCCUCUCGCCAACAAUAUUUUCUCUUCUGGUUGAUGGUUCAGCAAAGCCAGUGCUAGACGACAUAGCUGACAAUGAACUUUUGGAAAAAGUAAAAAAGAUUCUGUGAAGGACUGAAAACGCUUGGGGUUCUGGAGAAAAUCCAAAGGCAUCCAGACAGCUUUCGUCCCCUGCUCUGUCAUGAGCCAAGCACACUGACUGCUGACCAGAUGGAUGAUGUUUUCAGCAUUU